UACGACACCAUCCUCAUCGGCAGCUUCUUUGCCCACCCAGAAUUCGCAAAGAAAUUUGGCGACGGCAAGGACAACGAAGGCCGAGACCAGCUCUCUGCGCUCUGGCAAGCCGUUCUUGGUAACAGCAGCACCUUUGGCUGCAUCAUCGGCGUCAUCGCCAACGGCUUCCUCGUCGAGCGGUGCGGCCAAAAGACAGCCCUCAUCAGCUCUCUCUUCGUGCUCUCCGGCUGCAUCUUCAUCACCUUUUUCGCAACCAAUAAGACCAUGCUCAUGCUUGGCCAGAUCGCGUGCGGCCUACCCUGGGGCGUCUUCGCAUCCUCAGCACCCGCGUAUGCGUCUGAGGUCUUGCCGUUGACGCUGCGGGUGUAUCUGACUACGUGGACCAAUAUGUGCUUCAUCAUCGGUCAGCUCAUGUCUGCGGCUGUACUCGCGGGCCUACUGCCGCGGAAAGACGAGUGGUCCUAUAGGAUUCCGUUUGCGUUGCAGUGGUCCUGGCCGGUGCUGCUUAUCCCGCUACUGGUAUUUGCACCGGAAUCCCCUUGGCAUCUGGUCCGGACCGGCCAGCUCGAUCAGGCGGAGAAGGCUCUACUACGCCUCCAGAGGCGAAAAGUUAACAACCUAGACGCUCAAGUCCGUCUACGUGAAAUCAUAGAAACCGAUAGAAUGGAGCAGGAGCACCAAACAGGAACAACCUACUGGGACUGCUUCCGCGGCGUCGAACGCCGUCGCACAGAAAUUGCCUGCGUAGCAUUCGCGGGCCAAGUGCUCUCCGGCUCGAGCUUCGCCUACAACUCAGUCUACUUCUUUCAGCAAGCCGGGCUAAACCCGCAGGAUGACUACAACCUCAACGUCGGUGGUACCGCGCUGGCUCUGGUGGGGACCGUCGUCAACUGGGUUGCGCUGAUGCCGUACUUCGGCCGUCGCCGCAUCUAUCUAUGGGGCAUGUUCAGCAUGUCCACGAUACUCUUCAUCAUCGGCAUCCUCGACAGGAUAGGCCGGUUACCGAAUGCACCAUCCUCACCCAUAGGCUGGAUCCAAGCCUGUCUUACUCUUGUGUGGACUUUUAUCUUCCAGCUAUCAGUUGGUCAGCUUGGGUGGGCUAUCCCCGCCGAGGUUGGAUCUACGCGUCUACGACAGAAGACCAUUUGUGUCGCGAGGUCCACCUACUAUGUGACGAAUCUACUGGCAAACGCCUUUCAGCCAUUUUUUAUCAAUCCGAACGCGCUGGACCUCAAGGGUACUACAGGUUUCGUCUGGGGAACCUCGGCGUUUCUCACGUUUGUGUGGGCAUUUUUCCGGCUGCCGGAGACGAAGGGUCGCACGUACGAGGAGCUGGAUUAUCUCUUUCAUAACAACACCGCGACGAGGCAGUUUGAUAAGACGGAGGUGGAUGUUUUUGAAGGAGGCUACGAGAAAGUGUCACCACCUAGCUCUCGAUGA